GCAAUGAACGCCUCUAACUCCAUAUCCUGAGCUUUCUAUUCAACACCAGCCUACGCCCCCCAAAAAUACAGCAGCAAAGAAGGGUCCUUGCAGCCUGUAGUUUGGCCGGCAAACAACAUCGCCACCGGAGAGGGUGACGGCGGCAGUCAUGGCGUCCACUGUAGCAGCAGCCAAUAGCCAUGGAAGGGUCCUAAAUACCUGUAUCACCUCCUCCAGACCACUUACAGCUUGGAGCAGACGCACGGUCGCCAUGCCUGCACACCAUGUGCAGUCACCAAGAGCUCGAGUUGUAGUCCGAGCUAGCACCGAGCGUGCGACCUGGUUGCCUGGACUGGACCCACCUCCUCAUCUCAACGGCACGCUACCUGGUGACUUCGGCUUCGAUCCCUUGGGGCUCGGAGAGGAACCGGCAAGCUUGAAGUGGUACGUUCAGGCCGAGCUCGUGCACUGCCGGUUUGCCAUGGCAGGGGUUGCCGGCAUCCUUGUAACUGACCUGCUCCGUGUAUCAGGAAUCCGCGACCUACCAGUGUGGUUUGAAGCAGGUGCAACAAAAUUUGACUUCGCCAACACCACAUCACUCUUCUUUGUUCAGCUUCUCUUGAUGGGAUUCGCUGAAACCAAGAGGUACAUGGACUUCAUCAAUCCAGGAUCACAAGCAGAGGAAGGGACAUUCAUAGGGCUAGAGGCUGCACUUGCAGGUUUACAACCAGGCUACCCUGGGGGUCCACUGUUUAAUCCACUAGGACUGGCAAAAGAUAUAGAGAAUGCGCAUGAAGAGAAGCUGAAAGAAAUCAAGAAUGGGAGGUUGGCAAUGGUAGCUAUGCUUGGUUUCAUUGUGCAAGCAUCCGUGACUCAUGUUGGCCCCAUCGACAAUCUUUUGACACACCUUUCAGAUCCAUUCAACAAAAAUAUCAUCCAUGCACUCUCCUCUCCCUGAGAACUAUCUGUCUGCAGAACUUUGUUUCUUCACUGUCAAAUGCUACAGCACAAAAAGGUCACAGUGUUUUCUAACAGGAAGUGCCCAUUUUUAGCACUCCUCUUUGCAAAGUUUUCAAUCAUGAAAACUAAGUACGCAACUAUUUUUUUGUGCAUGGGGGUAGGAGGUCAGGUCAGAUGAAAAAGUCUUCAAAGGCAAACAAUCUGUAUCCGUAGCUUAUGGGAAAAAAAAUAAGGCGUCUGUUUCUGGCAA